AUGUUUCAGUCAUUUAGAAAAUGGUUCUGGUCAGAGGAAUUCUGGCUUCCUCCAACAAUGAAAUGGUCACAGCUGGAAGAUCAUGACGGGCUCGUGUUUGUUAAAGCUUCCCAUUUGUACAUGACUAUUCCAUAUGCCCUUCUCAUGAUGGUCAUCAGGUACUUCUUUGAAAAGUUUGUUGCCUUACCUGUAGCAAAUGCACUUGGCAUUCAAAAGACACAGCAUAAAAUUAAACCAAAUGCCAUCUUAGAGAAUUUUUUCAAGCAUUCCACAAGUCAACCAUCACAUACUGAGGUUUAUGGACUGGCAAAGAAGUGUAACUUGACAGAGCGCCAGGUUCAGAGAUGGUUUAGGAUUCGGCGGAAUCUAAACAAGCCUUGCAGGUUGAAGAAAUUCCAGGAAUCUUGCUGGCGGUUUACAUUUUACUUGUUGAUAACUGUGGCUGGAGUCGUGUUUCUUUAUGAUAAACCGUGGGCCUAUGACAUGUGGGAGGUGUGGCGGGACUACCCCACACAGCCUCUGCUGCCUUCCCAGUACUGGUACUACAUUUUGGAAAUGAGUUUUUAUUGGUCACUGCUAUUUAGCCUGGGCACUGAUACCAAGAGGAAGGAUUUUCUUGCUAAUGUCAUCCACCACCUGGCUGCUAUUAGCCUGAUGAGCUUCUCCUGGUGUGCUAAUUACGUCCGCAGUGGGACCCUCGUGAUGCUGGUGCACGAUGUGUCUGACAUUUGGCUGGAGUCUGCUAAGAUGUUUUCAUAUGCUAGAUGGAAGCAAACCUGUAACAUCCUGUUCCUCAUCUUCUCUGUCGUAUUCUUCAUCAGCCGAUUCAUUAUCUUUCCAUUCUGGAUUUUGUACUGCACACUGAUUCUGCCUUUGCACUACCUCGAACCCUUCUUUUCGUACAUCUUCCUCAACCUACAGCUCAUGAUCCUUCAGGGCCUUCAUCUUUACUGGGGUUAUUUCAUCCUGAAGAUGCUCAAUAGAUGCAUAUUCACGAAGAGCAUUCAGGAUGUGAGAAGUGACAAUGAAGAGGAAGAAGAAGAGGAGAUGGAAAAGGAGGAGGAAGAGGAAGAGAAGGAGAAGGAAGAGAGCACCAAAGGCAAAGAGACAGAGUAUUUGAAGAAUGGCCUCGGAACCAACAGGCAUCUCAUUCCCAAUGGUCAGCAUGGCCGUUAG